ACGUAGCCGGCCAGCAGACGACAAGCGCAGCAAGUGGAGGAGGGGGGCGGGUACCGGCGGCUUUGGCGAGUGUCGUGCGUGUGAGCGGAGGGGAGUAUUGACACGUCUCUCUCGUCAACUCCAGGUAACUUGACUUUCACCACCCGCCUCCACACGCACGACUGGUACCCAACUGUCCACACCGGGUGCCUCCACAAACUCAGCUGAGUGCAUUGGCCAACGUCCACGACUUUAACUAUUCUUUGCUGUCCACUGUCCACUGUCCACUGUCCACGCCAGAGAAAGUGUUAGAGGAGCGGAAGUGUCUGAUCUGGAAGCAGGUACGUAACGGACAGGUGCGAAUCAAUAACCGAGCCGUCAGGCUCAAGCACCGCCACACGGUAGACCGUGCGUCCCACGGAAUUAUUUACUCUACAACAUGGCUUCUCGACCCCCGGGGUACACCGUCACAUCCCGUCGCAACUCGCAACCUGUCUACACCAUGGGAGCCCCUCCCCCCAGCGAGCGGGGAAGACGGAUAUCGGAGGUACCUGCCCCACCUGUGGGGAUCAGCGCCCCGUCUGCACAAGCGGGGAUCAACCCCCAGGUUGAUGAGAAGACUUCUAGAAAGUCGCGAACUGGCAAGGAUAUAAUUGAAAGCGUGCCCUUCGACCCCGACUACUACAACCCCGACGGGUCAUUACGCACAGUGCACAAGAUGCCGGACUUCAACACAUCCUACGCUGAGGCCAGCAAAGCUCGCUACAUCCGCCACACCAGAGCCAUCGAGAACGAGCGAGAACUGCAGACCCACGAGAUUUUCGACAAGUCCUAAAUACCUUGUGUCGCCAUAGCAACGGUCUCUGGACAGACGUGUUGUGACCCCCCCCCCUACCCCCCUAACUCCCACAACCCCCACCUCUGUUGAAGGAUGUGAACUCUGCCACUGUCAGGUGUUUCCUCGUGCAGGUAAAAACCAUCCCUGACGAUAUUCUUGUGAUAACGACGAUGAACAGACACUUUGUAUUCAGACCAUCGGAUCACUGUCUGUGUCCGGCGCUUUUUUUUUCUGCGUGGUAGUUGAACUCACCUGUGCGAGGACCUUUGACCUCGAGACAACAGGUGUAUAAUAGAUGAGUGCGUGUAGAUCAAAUGUAGAGGUAUCUCGAAAGACAAUUGGAGAAAAGGGGUGAAUGGUGUUUGGCAACGAUCCUCUGUAAAUAUUUAAUAGAUUUCCGUAACCUCAAAGAUUAGUUUGUUUCAACUGUUCGACAGACGCAUGUGUAAAUAAUUCCUUUUUUUUUUUUCCUUUCAUUUCAUUGUUCUCUCUGAAGAGCAUCUCUUGAAAUAAUAAACGGAACUCUGAGAA